AUGGGAGGCGAUUAUUAUGGGUUCUCAUUACCUGGACCUAGUACUACUACCUUAUAUUUUUUGCCGCUUGGAGCAACAAAUGAAACAAUAUCUCAAAGUUAUGGUAUUCACAAUGUUUCAAUAACAGUGAGGCAAAACAAUAAAUCCGAAAUGAUCAAGCAAAUCAUGAAGGUCAAUGUUGAUGUCAUAAGUGGAAGUGAAUUUUGUACAAAUGGUACCAUACUUCGAUUGGCGGUAAAGAUCUUAUCAACAAAUCGCAAAUCAGAAAGAAAUUUUGAGAUGAUGAUUCAUCGCAAGAGGAGACAUAGAGAAUAUAUCAUCGCCAUGCGACAAUAA